AUGCUACAACUUACCUCUACGGUACCUGAUAAGACGGGUUAUGGUCCACCAAAGCCAACGACUACAUGUACUACAACCCACGCGCUCAACGCCGCUCUUACGUGUAGUCCAAGUCCAAGUCCAAGUCCAAAGGCGACCACCACCACUGCGAGCUCAACCACCACUUUGCCUGCGGAAGCAAAAGCGCCCCUGGUCCAUACCUCUAGUACCUCUAACCAAGCAGCGACGACCCGAAUUCAAAUUCGCCAAGAUGACAUGGAGAACAAGUUUGAUCGGACAGGUCUCUUCAAAGCUACUUCUAGGGCGCAGAAAUCGCUACAUCUAGUCCAUGUCGUGGAUGACGACGAAGUUGCAUCAGAUCCCCCUCGGUCUACAAACGUGAAACCCACGCUCAACGUAUUCGCUGUGAAAAUAAAGAAGGCAGCGCCAACCAACAAAGCAAGCAAUUUGAAGUCUGCUGCUGCUGCUGCAAACAAACAAAGACCUACUAAAGCACCUGCGAUAAAAGAUCCGUCCUAUCGCCCCUUGAAAGGAACAAACGAAUGGUCAUCCGAGUCCACCGAUGAAGAUUUGGACGUGGGCUUUGUCCCGGGUGAUCUCCCUGUCUUUCGACAAGUCAAGGGGCAGCAGAAACAUGAACAAUUCUCUCCCGUUAGUGGUAUCACUAGAGGUACCUCUAGUGUGUCGCCAGCACGACCAACACAACAACCAACACGACCACCGCCGCCGCCACCGAUUCCAAAUCGACUCAAGCGCAAGCGCAUAGAUGAUCCGACUUAUCGGCCUUCUAAGAACAGCGAGGGAUCUACUUCCGAUGACAAUGAUGCUGAGGAAGAUGACGAAUCUGACGAAGGCAUCAAAGCGUUGAAAAGGGUGGUCAAGGAUAGUACUGCAAAGGUCAAGAAGGUCAGGUGCAAGGUGGCUGAGAGACAACAGGAGAACAUGAAUGUUUCGGAGGAAGAAAAGGGGAGCCAAUUGGUGCUGAAAGAAAUCGUCGAUGAUGAUGAUGAAAAGCGAAACCCGUUCAUGAAGAAGAAGAAGAACCGAAAGUCCGUUUUGGAUCCGUCUUAUAAGCCACCCAAAGACGAAGAAGAUGACAGUGAGGAAUACAGUGACGAGUAUACCUCUACUGAUGGCUGGAACAGACAACGAAGAAAAAGGGUUCGCGUGCCAGAGGGUGGCGACGGUCCGGAGGAAAAAUAUAAUGACUACAAUGGCAACGUCAGCCUCAACGAUAAUCCCACGAACGACGUGGUUCCUACUACGAAGCAAAUCCUUCCUUGCCAAGCACGUCCCUGUCUGCCUCCCAAGUUCGGCAGGCGGAAGGUGAACCGUCUUUCCAAGCCUCCCCGCAUCUACGAUCCCUCCUACAAGCCGGGGACCACCUCGUCGGACGAUGAUAGCAACGGCAUCGAUUCGAGUUGGAGCUCCACGGGAGAGGGCAAAGACAGGAAGAAGAAAAAACGAAAAAGAUUAUACCAGCCAAAGAAUGCACCCGAGAAGAAAAACCAGACGGUCAGCAACCUGCAGCAAGAGGUCAUAAGAUUGAUGCUAGAAGAAACAAAACCAAAACCCGCCUACGCAAUGCCCAUGACCAAAAAGCGAAAACGCCCUCGUCUCAUCAGACGAAACACCAGCGACCAAUCCUUUUGCCCGUCGGACACUCCUAGUGACCAGUACAGCGAUGAAUGGUACAGUUCUGAGUACUCCUCUGAGCUGGACGUCAAGAACAAGAAGAGAAAGAGGGGGACGAAAAAGAAAGACCAGUGGAAUGUGAACCGAGUUGCCUCCGGAUUGGGACCUGUGACUGGGAAGGUCUUGGACUUGGAUUGUGGAAGGCCAAUUGAAGCAAGCGAAGAGGAAACGAGAGAUAGUGUGAAACCAGAAAAGCACGAAUCAACAAGCAGGGAGAACAUGGCAACAAGAAGAAUUGGGACCAUCGACGCCAUUGAUGGCACAUACGAGCCAUCUAGGGACUCUCCGUCAUCCGAGUCUGAGUUUGCAGCUAUGCCAGACUUGGAUCGCUCCGCCUUCAGCAUAGAGAUUAGCAACGACAACGAAAAGCCUGAGCCGAUAUUCGAGCCGGAGAAAGAAGUUAUUCUACCACCCAUGGAUAUAAAAAGGGAAACACCGCAGCUCCACACCGGGAACGAACCUCUUUCCAAUAUCAGAACUGCUUUCUACCCCCUUUGUCAUGGUCGUUACUCACCUUGGCCGCCAGCGCGCGGCACGGUAUACUGCCAGCCUUGCUUCCGGGAGCAAGUGAUAGUUCGGGGCUUACUGAUUCGGCGGGGGAUAAGCGAGACUUUGAGGUUGCUGAAAGUGUUGUUGGGUGGCGGGUCUGACUUCGGGAAUGAACUGGAUGAAGCUCUUGAGAAGAUUCUGGGUGGUGUUGUUGUAACCGAGCAAACGAGUAUGACACGUGUAGAAGACCACGACCAAAGCCAGGAUUAUGAGGACGAAAGAGAAGAAAGGGUUCAACGGGGACAAAACACUCGCACCAAGCCCAUGCCCUCAGCACAGUCAUCCCUUGCCGAACUGCCCGAAGAUGUCCGGACCCUCUUGGUGCUGAGGCGCCUUUCGGAUGUUGUCAACAGCGGGAGCAUGUCAACCUCGUCCGCAGCGCGCCCCUCCGGCUCCGAUGUUUCCCUUAAAACGCCCGCUUCUUUGCACUUCCCGUCUGACGCCAACGCCGUCUCUCCGGACCAUUGCUACCAACAGCAAGACCCGACCGGUCCGAGCCGCUACUCAUCUCCGUUCGCUCCAUGUCCUCCAUUAACCCUGCGUGGCGGGACUCCCAACUGCGCCGCCACCAGUACCGGCAUCAAUGCGUCUUACUUCUCCCUCAAACCGCCUUCAACAAAAACUAUUAUUUCCCUUCCGGCUAAAAACCCACUGGACAACGCCAUAAACAUCCUACACGACGCCCUGGGCAUCUCUACCUGGCAAGCUCGUCGAUUAUGGGAUCAGUAUGAAGGCUCGGGUAUAUGGGACCUAGCGCAGGUGGAUUCGCUUGUCAAAAAAUCCCAUGCGGAAUUCGUAAACGAGCAUCAGGCCGCGAAGGAGCUCCCAUGGGCCGAGGGAAAAGAAUCGAGUUUAGAGAGGGGAAUGGGGAAGGAUGAAAAUGAUCAGGGUGCUAUGUUGGGGUUGGAGGGUCUGGCUCGAUUGGAAGAGGAAAUCAUGACCGCCUUGGCAGAAAAGGGGAGCCGAGAAGAGGAAAGCCAGGGUCGAAAACGACAGAGUGAUGGUGGUGGGAUUAGUAUUAUAACUGGAGCGACACGCAGCAUCAUCGUUGGGGCUGUGACGAGGAGGAAGCAAUCUCAUGAUGAUGAUGUUGAUGAUGACUGCAGGUUGGAUUGGGGCCAUGCUCCAAAUCCAAACCAGAAAUGCAAACUGACCAAACCCAUCGACUUAUUCAACCCCACGAGGCAGAAGGCACAGCCAGUUCCACCACAGCGACCAAGAGAGCAGCUGAGGGUGAUUCCUUGCCAUUCCUGCUCUAGGUUCAAUACUGUCAACCAUAGCAGUUGCGCUACCGUAAGACGCAACGACUACAUUGCGAUGGGCGAUAGACCAUGGGUAAAAACACUGCAAUGGACUCUCGACAUCAACGAGUCAGAAGCGGCCAAGAUGACGCUCAAUGGCUUGUUGGACUUAAUCAGCCGGAGUGGAAAAGCAGCCCACGUGAAGAGCGCCGGGUGGGAGUUCGUGGUGUACCGCCCUGGCGACCAUAAUGAUGCGGAGAUUCGGAUUGUUUUCCUGGAUGUUGAGCCUGGGUUGGAUCUUCACUUGUAG